GCCACCGAGGCUGCCGGGGAUCGGGAUCCGAGGCCCCUCGGCGGCCCAGCGUCUGGACUCAGCGCGCGGGGGGCUGCCUCCGCACCCCCAGCCCAGGGCCCCGGUGCCUGGCCUCGCCGUGGGGUGGAGGAGCUUCCUGGGCCCUGGCUGCGGGCGUUCAGAGCCUUCCUGAACCCGCAGAAGGGGCCGCCCGCAGCCCCACAUGAGCGCGCCCGGCUGACGGGCGAGGUGGCCGCCGUGGAGCCGGCGCGCUGCGGGGACAGCGGGGCCAUGGCCUCGCUGGACCUGCCGUAUCGUUGCCCGCGCUGCGGGGAGCACAAGCGUUUCCGGAGCCUGUCGUCGCUGCGCGCGCACCUGGAGUACAGCCACACCUACGAAACGCUGUACAUCCUCUCCAAGACCAACAGCAUCUGCGACGGCGCGGCUGCCGCCGCCGCCGCCGCGGCCGCCGCCUCCGGGUUCCCGCUGGCGCCCGAGCCCGCCGCCCUGUUGGCAGUGCCCGGCGCCCGGCGCGAGGUCUUUGAGAGCACGUCCUUCCAGGGCAAGGAGCAGGCGGCCGGACCAUCGCCGGCAACGCCACACCUGCUGCACCACCACCACCACCACCACGCGCCCCUUGCCCACUUCCCCGGCGACCUGGUGCCAGCCAGCCUGCCCUGCGAGGAGCUGGGCGAGCCGGGUCUCGUGCCCGCCGCCGCCGCCGCGCGUUACGCGCUGCGCGAGAUCGAGAUCCCGCUGGGAGAACUGUUCGCCCGCAAGUCGGUGGCGUCCUCGGCGUGCUCCACGCCACCGCCGGGAUCGGGCCCUGGCCCUUGCUCCGGGCCGGCCUCCGCCUCGCCCGCCUCCCCUUCCCCCGCCGAUGUGGCCUACGAGGAGGGGCUGGCGCGCCUCAAGAUCCGCGCGCUGGAGAAGCUGGAGGUGGAUCGGAGGCUGGAGCGGCUGAGCGAGGAGGUGGAGCAGAAGAUCGCCGGCCAAGUGGGCCGGCUGCAGGCAGAGCUGGAGCGCAAAGCCGCCGAGCUGGAGACGGCGCGCCAGGAGAGCGCGCGGCUGGGGCGCGAGAAGGAGGAGCUGGAGGAGCGCGCGUCCGAGCUCUCGCGCCAGGUGGACGUGAGCGUGGAACUGCUGGCUUCGCUCAAACAGGACCUGGUGCACAAGGAGCAGGAGCUGAGCCGCAAGCAGCAGGAGGUGGUGCAGAUCGACCAGUUCUUGAAGGAGACAGCAGCGCGGGAGGCCAGCGCCAAACUGCGGCUGCAGCAGUUCAUUGAGGAGCUCCUGGAGCGGGCAGACCGUGCCGAGCGGCAGCUGCAGGUCAUCAGCAGUAGCUGUGGCAGCACACCAAGCGCCAGUCUGGGGCGUGGAGGUGGGGGCAGUGGCCCAGGGCCUGGGGCCCGGGGCCCAGGCAGAAUGCGAGAACACCAUGCGGGCCCAGCUGUGCCAAGCGCAUAUGCAGUGUCACGGCAUGGCUCCUCUCCCAGCACAGGGGCCUCCAGUCGUGUGCCAGCUGCAUCCCAGAGCUCAGGCUGCUAUGACAGUGACAGCCUGGAGCUGCCCCGGCCAGAGGAGGGGGCCCCUGAGGACAGUGGCCCUGGGGGAUUGGGCACACGGGCCCAAACUGCCAAUGGUGGCUCUGAGCGGUCCCAGCCCCCUCGCAGCUCAGGCCUGAGGCGCCAGGCUAUCCAAAACUGGCAGCGCAGACCUCGCCGACACAGCACCGAGGGGGAGGAGGGGGACGUCUCAGAUGUGGGCUCUCGAACCACUGAAUCAGAGGCUGAAGGCCCCUCCGACACCCCCCGCUCUGGACCAGCUAUGGCUGGGCCACUGAACAGCUGCCGGCUCUCUGCCCGCUCUGAAGGAGGAGGCAGUGGGCGAGGCCGGCGAGCUGAGAGGGGUAGCCCCUCACGCUCCAACGAGGUCAUCAGCCCAGAGAUCCUCAAGAUGAGAGCUGCCCUGUUCUGCAUCUUUACCUACUUGGACACACGCACACUGCUCCAUGCUGCUGAGGUCUGCCGGGACUGGCGCUUCGUGGCCCGCCACCCUGCUGUGUGGACAAGGGUGCUCCUUGAGAAUGCCCGGGUCUGUUCCAAGUUCCUGGCAAUGCUGGCUCAGUGGUGCACCCAGGCCCACUCACUGACACUGCAGAACCUGAAGCCCCGACAGCGGGGAAAGAAAGAGAGCAAGGAAGAAUAUGCCAGGAGCACCCGGGGCUGCCUUGAAGCAGGGCUGGAGUCCUUGCUGAAGGCGGCUGGGGGGAACCUGCUGAUCCUGCGCAUUUCCCACUGCCCCAACAUCCUCACCGACCGCUCACUCUGGCUGGCCAGCUGCUACUGCCGUGCCCUGCAGGCUGUCACCUACAGGAGUGCCACAGACCCCGUGGGACACGAGGUCAUUUGGGCUCUGGGUGCAGGCUGCAGAGAGAUUGUCUCCCUCCAGGUGGCACCACUUCACCCCUGCCAGCAGCCUACUCGCUUCAGUAACCGCUGCCUACAGAUGAUUGGUCGAUGUUGGCCUCACCUCCGGGCCCUGGGCGUUGGGGGUGCUGGCUGUGGGGUACAGGGCUUAGCAUCACUUGCAAGAAAUUGCAUGCGGCUGCAAGUUCUGGAGCUGGACCAUGUGUCAGAGAUCACCCAGGAGGUGGCGGCUGAAGUCUGCCGAGAAGGCCUGAAGGGACUGGAGAUGCUGGUGCUCACAGCCACCCCUGUCACCCCCAAGGCACUGCUGCAUUUCAACAGCAUUUGUCGAAACCUCAAGUCCAUUGUGGUCCAGAUUGGGAUUGCAGAUUACUUCAAGGAACCCAGCAGCCCUGAGGCCCAGAAGCUAUUUGAAGAUAUGGUGACAAAACUCCAGGCUCUGCGUCGGAGGCCUGGCUUCUCCAAGAUCCUGCACAUCAAGGUGGAAGGUGGCUGCUAA